GAAAUGGAGAAUGUUAAGAGAGAUGAGCUAGUGGGCCAAGCAAUUGCGUGGAACCAUUCAUUGGGAGCCAUUGAUUCCUUCGUCCUCAAAUGUGCGGUCGAAACCGGAAUACCUGAGGUGAUCCACGGCCAUGGGCGGCCCAUAACACUAUCUCAACUCGGUGCCUCACUUCCUACUCCUUGCACCAACCUUGACGUCCUCCGUCGGAUCAUGCGCUACUUGGUACACAUGCAGCUCUUCACCGUCCAAAAUGAAGGGUCCGAUGAGAGGGAGGAAUCAUACGGGUCAACCUCGGCCACUAAAUUCAUCCUCAUCAACGAGGAGAAGAGCAUAGUACCGUUGUUCAAACUCCAGAUGCACGAGAAAUGCUUAGCUGCAUGGCAUACAUUAGGAUCUUGUAUGCAAGGGAAGGCCGGUAUGUCUGCCUUCGAAAGAAUGCAUGGAGAGAGCCUGUGGGCCUAUGCUUCUAAGCAUCCAGAUCUCAACGGCAUCUUCAAUAACGCAAUGGCUGGUGGGGCCCGAUCAGUAGUGCCAGCCAUGAUCGACGGCUAUGGAGAAGUGUUCCAAGGGUUAACGUCUUUGGUGGACAUAGGAGGCGGCAUUGGCACGAACCUACAGUCCAUAGCCAAGGCAUUUCCCCACAUAAAGUGCACCGUACUAGAUCUUCCUCAUGUGGUAGAGACAGCACCCAGCUGCCCAGAAGUGGAGUUUGUUGCCGGCAACAUGUUCUCUUUCAUACCCAAGGCCGACGCUGUUAUGCUGAUGUGGGUACUACACAACUGGGGUGAUGAGGAUUGUGUGAAGAUCUUAAAGAGAUGUAAGGAUGCCAUAGAUGCAAAGAGCGGUAAGGUUAUCGUAGUCGACAUUAUCAUAGGCGUUGAUGAUCUGCAGGAGCUUGAACAUGUGAGGCUAGCAACGGACAUGAUAAUGCUAGCCAAGACGGGAGGAAAAGAAAGGAAUGAAAAGGAGUGGAGGAGACUGUUAUCUGAUGCUGGAUUCAAUCAAUGCAAGAUAACACCCAUCAAAGCCCUCCAAUCUGUAAUCGAAGCACGUCCUUAAUCACCUCGUGUGUGCACGUACCAACUUGUUCAUGACAUCCGAAUGACUGGAGUGAGUCUCGCCAUGCGCACAGCCCAUAUGUCCAGUACACGUGCCAGGUUGGCACGUGUCAAGUCAUGUAGAAGUGUAAACACAUUAAUAAAAUGUAGUGUGAUCUGUUUUUGCCAAGACAGGGGCUGUAUGAUCAUAGCAUUUC